GCCACAUGCGUUGAGGCAACCAGCACGAACGCGCGUAUUCCUCUCUCUCAGCGCGCGCUCUCGCGCGGAGACGGGCUUCUGGGAGCUCGGAGAGCAGACGAGCGGCAGCUGAGGAGAGAGGAAGAUGGAGGUGAGGGUCGGGGAGAGACUCCUGUGCCUGGCCGUGCUGUCCAGUGUCCUCUGCGUGGAUUCAGUCCUCGGUAAAUACGUCAGAGGCGUCGUCAACACAAAAGAGGAUUGGGUUUUCCUUACACGCUUCUGCUUUCUUACCGAGUUUGGGCGGCUGGAUUUCUGGUUCCGCUAUCCAAAGUCUCGUUGCUGUCAGAACAUAUUGCUCUACUUUGAUGACAGUUCUCAGUGGCCAGCUGUGUACAAGAGGCCCGAGAAGAACUGCUACCAGAAGGAAGCCGUGCUGAGGCCUGAAAACAACCAGGUCAUCAACCUCACCACGCUCUACACCUGGUCAGGCUGUGUGGUGGAAGGGGAUGGAAACGAUGAGGUUCUGCGCUGUAAGGGCGGCCGCAGUUUCCGCUCGGUGAGGGAGCGAUGGUGGUAUAUCGCUCUCAGCAAGUGCGGGGGAGAUGGCCUGCAGCUGGAGUAUGAGAUGACACUGACCAAUGGCAAGUCUUUCUGGACACAGCACUUCUCUGCAGAUGAGUUUGGAAUCUUGGAGACAGACAUCACAUUCCUUAUCAUCUUCUCCAUGGUGUUCCUCCUCUCCUGCUACUUUGCCUACAAUCUGAAGGGAAGACAGCUUCUUCACACAACCUACAAAAUGUUUAUGACGGCAGCAGGUGUGGAAGUGCUCAGCCUGCUGUUCCAUUGUGUCUACUGGGGCCUGUAUGCUAGAGAUGGAGUUGGCAAUGGCAGCCUGAAAAUACUUGGGAAAUUACUGUUCUCCGUCAGUUUCUUGGUGUUCCUUCUGAUGCUCAUAUUGUUGGGCAAAGGUUUCACUGUCACCAGGGCGAGGAUCAGUCACAGUGGAUCUGUGAAACUGAGCAUCUACAUGACGGUUUACACAAUCACCUAUGUCAUUCUCUUCAUCUAUGAGGCAGAGUUCUUUGAUCCAGGUGAAGUGCUGUACGCCUACGACAGCCCCGCAGGAUAUGGACUCAUGGGCCUGCAGCUGGUCGCGUACGUGUGGUUUUGCUACGCCGUGCUGGUCUCCCUGAAGCACUACCCUGAGAAGCAGCCCUUCUAUGUCCCUUUUUUCACCACAUACACACUAUGGUUUUUUGCAGUGCCUGUUAUGGCACUGAUUGCCAACUUUGGGAUUCCUCGUUGGGCUCGGGAGAAGAUCGUCAACGGCAUUCAGCUCGGCAUCCACCUCUAUGCUCAUAUCGUCUUUCUUGUUAUCACGCGACCUUCAGCAGCCAAUAAGAACUUCCCAUAUCAUGUUCGGACGUCCCAGAUCGGGAUUCUGCUGUCCAGUCCAAAAGGGGGUGAGGGGGCAGAGAGUUUUCCUCAUCAUGCCUAUGGAAAUAGUUCCUUCCUGGGAGAUUCUCAACCCAACUUCACAGAACUUUUCUCCAUCCAGUCAGAACCUGUAAAGACAGUGGACGAGACAGUGGCCCGUAAAGGGCCAGAUGUGCUGAGAAACAGCGAACAGAAGAUAAUCACCACUGCUGCUGACUUGACGUCGAUAUUGCCCUCACCUCCGCCUCCGAUACCCCCGCGACCAGCCACACGCUCACCCCCACUCCCACCCCGGCUUCCAUCUUUUACAGAGUAUUUCAGCAUGCAGAGUGGAGGAGGAGCAGGAUUUGGAACGAAGGCAUGAGAUGGAGAAAAAGGCAGAACAGAGGAAGUUGGAGGAAAGCAUGAAAGCAAGGACAGAAUGACAAUAAAAACAGAAAUGGUGACAAUGACUUAAGAAAUAGAAUGGAAUUCAAAGUAUUACUGUUAUGACAAGAAAAGGUCAGCCAAAAAAAAAAAAAAAAAAGAAGAAAAGAAAUGAAAACUUUUGGAAGGA